AUGCUGAUCGCAGGCGACGACCGGCGCCUGUUUGCAGAGGAGAAGCUUGCGGAACGUGGCUUUAACAAGGAGUUCCAGCAACUCAUGGGUUAUAUGGGGAAAGGCUAG